AUGAUGUCCAACUAUUUUCAAUCAACCUCUGACUUUGUUCCAAUGCCUUCAAGUUUUCUUCAAAAUCAACCACCAUCUUGGAAUGAUGUUCAACCAAAUGAAGUUAGCCGAAGAAAAAAUGAAGAUAAUCAAUUAAAUGAUGCAUUUUCUGGAAUGACAAUGUUUGAUGCAAAUGAAGUGCCAAAACCAAUUCAAACUCAGCCACAACAACAAUAUUAUUGUCAACCUGAUUAUUCAAAUUAUAAUAAUCCAAGAAAAGCUGAAUUUGAUUUUUAUCAACAAUGUUACCAAAAACACAUUCAAUCAACAUAUCAACAAUUACUUCUUCAAAAUCAACAUCCCAUUCAAAUUCCAACUGAAACUGUUCCAGUUUUCUCAAUUUCUCCACCAAUUUCUUCAUCAAUUUAUUCAUCUUCAUUGUCUUCUUCAAAUUCUUCUUCAUUUGAAAAUAUUCCAAGUGCAAUUCCACCAGUCGAACAUAAUGGAACUAUUUAUUUCUCAAAUCCAAGUGAGUUACUUUUUCAAUAGUUUUUGAAACCUUUUACAAAUUUCCAUAUUUUUCAGAUUCUGGAGAAAUGUCUAGUCGUGAUAUGUAUUUCUUUUUAUCCAAACAAUUUCAAGCAACAAGAAAAGCUUUAAUUGAAUCUGGAUAUCCAUAUUUUGAAUUUGGAAAAGAAAAUGAAAUUGUGACAAUUCAAACAACAACAUUUGAAGAAAAUAAAAAGAUUUGGAUUGAAAAAUGUGAUAAAAUUCGGAAUUGUUGUCGAUGCAGAAUUGAAUUCAAAUUCAAUAAAAAUGGAAAAAGAUCAAUUGGAAAUUGUACUUAUCAUCCAAGAUCAGCUAAAUUCAAUUUAGGUAAGUUUAUUGAUUUUUUGAUAAUUCUUGAAAAUAAUCAAUCUUAUUUUUUAUAGAAUUCAAAUUUCGAAUUCAUGAUUGUUGUGGUGAAAUUGAAGGACAAUCAAAAGGCUGUGAAAUUGCACAAUAUCAUGUUUAUGAUCAAAUAUUAACUGAUGAACUCGAAAAAUUCUUGGCAACUCCAAAAUCAAUUGGAUUGAAAGAUAUCCGAAAUUAUAACAUUUUUGGAAUCGAUUGCGAAAUGGUUUAUACAUUAGGUGGACCAGCAAUUGCAAGAGUUUCAAUUAUUGAUUUGGCUGAAAAUAUUGUUCUUGAUGUAAUUGUAAAACCACCAACUAAAAUUUUGGAUGCAAAUACAACAUUUAGUGGAUUAACAAUUGAACAAGUCGAACAAUCAACUGUUUCAAUUGAAGCUGUAAGUUUCAUUUUUUCCAAUUUUUCAAACAAUUCAAAAAUAUUCUUUUUUUUAGUGCCGCCAAAAAAUGUUCGAAUUAAUCAACGAAAAUACAAUUUUAAUCGGACAUUCAUUGGAAUCUGAUUUAAAAGCUCUUCGAAUUUCUCAUAUGAAAAUAAUCGACACUGCAAUCUUGUUUCAAAAACAAGGUUCCAAAUUCAAGCCAUCACUUCGUAAUUUGGCUCAACAAUAUUUGAAUAAAUCAAUUCAGAUGGAUAAUCCAUCAAAUAUUGGACAUGAUUCUAUUGAAGACGCCAAAACUUGUAUUCAACUUAUUAAUCAUUUAUCUACUAACUGUUAA